CUACUUUGGCCUUUUAGCCCAAGGAGUGCGCGCGAGAGGGAGAGAGAGAGAGAGAUGAACGCAUUGCUCGGCGCGGGAUGCUGUACGUUGCCGUUCUUCUUCCAAACAGCUGACUUCACGAGUUUCAGAUCGAAUUUCCUCAUCAACCCUAAUCGCUUGAGGCCAAGAUGCAAAGUUCGCAAGAAAGAUUCUGCUGGAAUCGGAAGUGACGCCAGUGAGGCGAGAAUCUCGGACGAAGUGGAGCAGGAGGAUUGGGUCUCAUCGCCAUCAGCUUCCCCGUACCAGAUUCUUGGCAUCGAUCCUGCUUGCUGCUCCCCAGCCCGACUCAAAGCUGCCUUUCGUGCUCGAGUUAAGGAAUUUCAUCCUGAUGUGUACAAAGGUGCAAGCAAUUCAGAUGAAAUUAUCCUUCGAGUAAUAGGUGCAUAUGAGAUGUUAUCCAAACAUUUCCAGUUUGAAUCUGUAGAAAGGUUGUCUUCAGACCCAUUUGAGGACCCAGAAUCUGAGGCUUGUGAUAUCUUUGUUAAUGAACUCCUUUGUGUUGGAAAAGGUUGCCCCUAUUCAUGCGUAAAACGAGCACCCUAUGCUUUCUCAUUUAAUUUUGAGAAUGGAACUGCACGAGUAAUUUCUCAAGGUCAUGUUGAUGAUUACCAAGUCCAGCUAGCUGUUGGGCAGUGCCCAAGGAGAUGCAUCCAUUAUGUCACCCCUUCCCAGAGAGCCAUUUUGCAGGAUGUACUCCAAAGGGUGCUGAAUAGUCCCUGGGAUGUGGGCGAAGCUGCUUUCCUCGAAUCACUUAUUUCAAAGGCUAUUUUUGAGAACAGAAGGUAUCAAAACCUAAAGAGGAAACCGACGAUUGAGACAGAGUAUGUUGAUUGGUCUUAACAUUAAAUAUGUAAGUUCUAUAUUUUAACCAAGCUUUUGGAGGGGUAAAUAUACUCAAUUUUCAAUGUUAUUUGUAAUCAAAACGGUUCAUUUUAUGACAUCAUGAUUCUAACCA